AUGCCUCCCCGUCGCCGCCUCCUCCUCCUCCUCCUGGCCCUCGCCUGCUCCGGCGGGGGCGCCGCCGUCGACACCGCCCCCGGGAACGCCACCUCGUCGCCGCUCGCCUGCUCCGAGCUGUCCCGCGUCUGCACGGCAUUCCUCGCCUUCCCGGCGGCCGGCAACGCCAGCGUGCUCCAGUCCAUGUUCGACGCCUCGCCCGCCGACCUCACCUCCGACCCCGCCGCCAGCCCGGGCUACGCCUUCGUGCGCAAGAACUGCUCGUGCCUCGCCUCCCGCACUUACCUCGCCAACACCACCUACACCGUCCCCUCCGCAGUGCCCCUCAACGCCACCGCGGCCCAAGUGGCGGUCGCGGCGUACGCUGGCCUUGCCGUUCCGCCGCCGGGCGGGGCGCUUCAGCGGCCGCCGCGCCCCGGCGCCGUGGUGGCACUGCACCUGAUCUGCGGCUGCUCGUCCGGCCCCUGGAACUACCUUCUCAGCUACGUUGGCGCCGACGGCGACACUGUGGAAUCGCUGUCGAGUAGGUUUGGGGCAAGCAUGGACGCCAUUGAGGCCGCCAACGGCAUGCCCGGACCCGACCCCAUCAGCACGGGGAAGGUGUACUACAUCCCACUCAACUCGGUUCCUGGCCAGCCUUAUGCUGCAAUGUCUUCUGCCCUCGUUCCUGCACCAGCACCCAUUCAAAAUACUUUGCCAGGUAUGGUAGUAGACGUGUUUGAUAGGGAAAAGCCUAUUGUGUUUACAUAUGAAGAAAUACUUGCAUCGACCGAUCUUUUUUCUGAUGCAAAUCUGCUGGGACAUGGUACAUAUGGCUCUGUCUACUAUGGGGUUCUUCGAGAUCAGGAGGUCGCGAUAAAGAGAAUGACAUCAACUAAUACUAAAGAAUUCAUAGUAGAGAUGAAAGUUCUUUGUAAGGUUCAUCAUGCUAGUCUGGUAGAGUUGAUUGGCUAUGCAGCAAGUAAGGACGAGCUGUUCCUGGUUUAUGAAUACUCUCAAAAAGGUUCACUCAAAAACCAUCUUCAUGAUCCUCAAAGCAAAGGUUACACACCACUUUCUUGGAUUUAUAGGGUCCAAAUUGCUCUUGAUGCUGCUAGAGGACUGGAGUACAUUCAUGAGCAUACAAAAGAUCAUUAUGUUCAUAGGGACAUCAAAUCAAGUAACAUCUUGCUUGAUGGUUCUUUCAGAGCGAAGAUUUCAGAUUUCGGUCUUGCAAAACUGGGAGUAAGGUCCAAUGAUGCAGAGGCUUCUGUUACCAAAGUUGUGGGUACUUUUGGUUAUUUGGCCCCAGAAUACCUGCGGGACGGCCUGGCAACUGCGAAAUGCGAUGUUUAUGCUUUCGGGGUCGUACUUUUUGAGUUGAUAUCUGGAAAGGAGGCGAUUACAAAGGCCGGCGCAGUUGGUGCAAGUUCAAACUCUGAAAGGCGUUCCUUGGCAUCAGUUAUGUUGACUGCACUAAGGAAUUGCCACGAUCCAACGUGUGUGGGGAGCUUGAAAGACUGCAUUGACCCUAAUCUGAUGGAUCUGUAUCCUCAUGACUGCAUAUACCAGAUGGCUAUGCUCGCGAAACAAUGUGCCGAUGAAGAUCCUGUUCUACGGCCGGACAUGAAGCAGGCAGUGAUCACCCUGUCGCAGAUACUGCUUUCGUCCAUCGAGUGGGAGGCGACGCUGGGUGGGAACAGCCAGGUGUUCAGUGGUCUUGUUGCCGGGAGGUGA